GCACGUGGUCCGCAGCCUUUAAAGUGUCCGACAUUAAAGCGGUCCACACGGAUGUGGCCGGGGAGUGCAUUCCGACCUAAUACAUCCCACUCCAUAACAUUAUCAAAUGCGUUUUCUGGAGUUCUGUUAAUUUGGCUCCAACUUCCUAUUUAUUGUCCUAGCCGCCUAGCGGUAGCUUCCUCUUGGAUAGCCACCUAGCGUGAGCUUCCUGUUUAUUGUCCCUUAAGCAAAGCAAUUUAAUAUAUAAUUAUAUGCCUAACCGUAGCUUCCCUGUGACGACACCUAAAUAUGCCCAACAUAAUUAGAGGACAAGCCUAGCUAUCUAUCAUAGGCUUCGUAUUUACUCUACAGUUGUGCUGCUGUGGCUACUUAGCGAUAGCUUCCCGAUUGCUCUCCUGUAAGCUAGCGUUAGCAAAUUCGGGUUGGGUGGCUGCCAUUACGAUAUUUGAGUCCACAUCUAUGUGUAUUGCGCUAGUUUUGUUAGGUGUCUAAUACACCGCCCCCUUUAAAUGAUGUAUUUAUACAAAUAAGACCCCACGUCGUAAGGAAUAAAUGGUUGCAUCAGUAUAAAGGCGGUUUCUGAAAUUUGGAGAAGUUUCAACGGGACUACUUUAUCAGCGCAGGGAUCGCGAAGGGUUUCUGGGUGACAAGGCACAAAGCCAUGUGCUGCUUUGUUUACAAUAACAUCCCCGAGCAUAGAAAAACAUUUAUUCAACAUGUAGACAUUUGGCUCCUGUCCGGAGAAAUGCAAGAAGUUCCUGCAGGAAUUUUACUCUGAGGAUGACAACGGCAAGAAGGUGUUUAAAUAUGGAGCCCAGCUUGUGGCCCUGGCCCACAGGGAGCAGGUGGCGCUGCAUGUGGACCUGGACGACGUGGCCAUGGAGGACCCCGAGCUGGUGGAGAGCAUCUGUGAGAACGCCAAGCGCUACACGGGCCUGUUCGCAGACAGCAUCCACGAGCUGCUCCCGGAGUACAGGGAGAGGGACACCGUGGCCAGAGACUCGCUGGAUGUGUACAUCGAGCACAGGCUGAUGAUGGAGCAGAGGGGUCGUGACCCCGCCGACACCCGGGAUGCUCGCAACCAGUACCCCGCUGAGCUGAUGAGACGUUUCGAGGUGUACUUCAAGACGCCCGGAACGUCCAAGCCCAAGGUGGUCCGGGACGUGCGCGCCGACAGCAUCGGCCACCUCGUCUCCGUGCGCGGCAUCGUGACCCGUGCCACCGAGGUCAAGCCCAUGAUGGCCGUUGCCACCUACACCUGCGACCAGUGCGGUGCGGAGACCUACCAGCCGAUCCAGUCCCCAACCUUCAUGCCCCUCAUCAUGUGCCCCGGGCAGGAGUGCGUGACCAACAAGUCCGGGGGCCGCCUCUACCUGCAGACCAGAGGGUCAAAGUUCGUCAAGUUCCAGGAGCUUCGCAUCCAGGAGCACAGCGACCAGGUGCCCGUGGGGAACAUCCCCAGGAGCAUGGCGGUGUACGCCCGCGGGGAGAACACGCGCGUGACCCAGCCGGGCGACCACGUGGCCGUCACCGGGGUCUUCCUGCCCCUGCUGCGCACCGGCUUCAAACAGGCCGUCCAGGGUCUUCUGUCAGAGACGUACCUGGAAGCACACGGCAUCACGCUCAUGAACAAAACCGAGGAUGACGAACUGGGCACCGGGGAUCUGAGCGAAGAGGAGAUGCGUGAAAUCACAGCCGACGGGUUCUACGAGAAGCUGUCGGGCUCCAUCGCCCCGGAGAUCUACGGCCACGAGGACGUCAAGAAGGCCCUCCUCCUGCUGCUCGUGGGGGGGGUGCAGCAGGCCCCCAAAGGCAUGAAGAUCAGAGGAACCAUCAACAUCUGUCUCAUGGGAGAUCCUGGUGUGGCCAAGUCCCAGCUGCUGUGUUACAUCGACCGCUUGGCUCCUCGCAGCCAGUACACCACGGGCCGCGGCUCCUCCGGCGUGGGGCUGACGGCGGCCGUCAUGAAGGACCCCCUCACCGGGGAGAUGACCCUCGAGGGAGGGGCCCUGGUGCUGGCCGACCAGGGCGUCUGCUGCAUCGACGAGUUCGACAAGAUGGCCGACGCCGACCGCACAGCCAUCCAUGAGGUGAUGGAGCAGCAGACCAUCUCCAUCGCCAAGGCGGGCAUCAUGACCUCCCUCAACGCCCGCUGCUCCAUCCUGGCGGCGGCCAACCCGGCGUACGGCCGCUACAACCCCCGCAAGACGCUGGAGCAGAACAUCCAGCUGCCCGCCGCGCUGCUGUCCCGCUUCGACCUGCUGUGGCUGAUCCAGGACAAGCCGGACGCCGAGGCGGACCUGCGUCUCGCCCAGCACAUCACCUACGUGCACCAGCACUGCCGGCAGCCGCCCACCCACUUCACCCCCAUCGACAUGAAGCUCAUGAGGCGCUACGUGGCCCGCUGCCAGACCAGGCAGCCCGUGGUGCCUCAGGACCUGGCCGAGUACAUCACCGCCGCCUACGUGGAGAUGAGGAAGGAGGCGCGCGUCAGCAAGGACACCACCUUCACCUCGGCCCGAACCCUGCUCUCCAUCCUCCGCCUGUCCACUGCACUGGCACGUCUCCGCAACGAGGACGUGGUGGGGAAGGAGGACGUGAACGAGGCCAUGCGGCUGAUGGAGAUGUCCAAGGACUCGCUGCAGACGGACAAGUCCGGCACCACCAGGACUCAGAGGCCGGCCGACGUCAUCUUCUCCCUGCUGAGGGAGCUGGCCACGGAGGGCAAGGGCGGGCGCGGCGGGUCCGGGGGCGUGGUGCGCAUGGCGGACGCCGAGCAGCGCUGCGUGACGCGGGGCUUCACCCCCGCCCAGUUCCAGGAGGCGCUGGAGGAGUACGAGGAGCUCAACGUGUGGCAGGUCAACCAGGGCCGCUCCCGCAUCACCUUCGUGUGAGGAGGAGGAGGAGGAGGAGGAGGAGGAGGAGGAGGAGCAGCAGCACGCCCUGGUGGCACCCCAGCGCCACUACAGCCCUGUUGACAGACCUGUUGACAGACCCUCCACAACGGACCCUUUUAACUGACUCCCGCGGUGCUCUCUGGUUGGCUGCGCUGCUUCACGUUGAGCUGGACGCGGUGCAACGGUGCAACGUUGUUGUUUUUUUCCAAUGCACAAUUAAAAAUGUACGUCUCGCCGAUAUGUGUUGGAGCAACGCAAUUUGGACUUUCCACAAUCCUAGCUCUUCUUUCCUUAGAUUUGGGGUAACAGUUGAUACUUGUAAAUAUGUAUUUUGAAAGCAGUGUAUGGAACAUUGACGGACAAUGUUAUGUGUUGGCUGUGUUUUGGAUGGUUUUGCUUCGCUUGUUGUAGGAUGCUGAAUAUUUUAGCAAUGCAUUAAUUGAUUUGUUAAUAAACUUUGGUUUAACAAUGA